CGCAACGUCGGGGCGCUCCUCGUCGCGCUUCUCUCGCAGCUGCAUCUCGAUCGAUCGAUCGAUCGCUCGAUCAAUGCCGGUUCGACCGCGUCGAGGUACAUCCGACCUCUCGAGAAGAGUCGAGAGUUACUCUCGCGAAAAUUUUUCCCGGCUCGAGUAUCGAAAAUUGUACGGGAUCGCGUUUAAAUCGCGAGGAAAUUCAACAAACGAUUCCAUUUUUUACUUUAGCGUCCAGUCGAUUGUUUGAGGUGUUCUCGUAAUAUCUUUAUGAAGAUACAGAUCUGUGUCGCGAUCUCGAUGUGUGCAUCAAUUUUAUUUGCACACAUGAGUGGAUCAAAUGUCUCGUACGGACGUUUUUAAUAGAUUUUUAGAGGGAGUUUUCAUUAAAUUUAGAUGAUCGACGAGGUGAGUGAUAAGGAUAAUUACAGUGAAUGGGAUCAAAUUUGUUUCGAAUCGCGCUCGAUCGUGCUCCGAAAAUCGUGAAGCUAAUGGAUAUACAGCGUUAGAAUGGAUUAUAAUAUUUAAAGUGGCCUUUAUGCAGUGAUCUUCGUCGUGUCUUCGUCGAGCAUGCGGACAAAAGGUCAUUUGAUCUAAUCGCUUUGGGGCAUUUUUAAAAUCAAAAAUUUUGAUACGACAACGUGAAACGCAUAUCGCGAGCAGCGGAAUGUAAAAAAAAAACCGUGAGAAGAUUUGACACGAGAUACUGUGAAAGCGAAAUUGUGCCGCGAUGUCAUCGAGUGGUGAAUUUUCGACGCUGUCGAGCGGCGAGGCCACCGGAACCGGCGAGGACUCGUUGCCGAGCUCGAGAGAGGCGACCGCCGAGGCCGCGGGUUCCGGCGGCGGUUUUAUGCCGUUGCGCGAGUUCCUGGAUAGAUUCUCACUGCCGAGAGUGGUCAGGGUCGAAGGUGCCGGUGGAAGGCCGAUACUGUUGUACAAGCAACAGCAGAGAUCACUCAGAGUCACAGCUACGCUGCUGAUGCAUCGUUACCGUCACGAUGUCAAAGUGGGACCGGAAAUAGUCAUCCCGGAAGGCUACCCCGGCUGGUUCUCAGUGGUUUCCAAUAAUAGCGGUACCGGAAAUGCUAGAGUGUACAGAAGAGUCGGCGCGUUGGUGCGCGCUGGAGUUCCGGCGUUUUUGCUCGCGAAACCAUUGAGGGCUUACACGUUGACGCACUCUAAAAUGGAGAAUGGAAACUUGCGAGCCCACUACACGAAGACGACGGUGCGCGCUGGCGAAGUCCUGCGACUGACCGCCGUCUUCCAGGACACACGUCGGGCUCCGGUAGCCAGUGGCAUGUCUGGAAUGAUCCCGGAAGGCAAAUCCUCGAGGUCCUCGGAGAGGGAUCAGUACGCUCAGUGCUUGGACUCUCAUGGGCACGAGCUGUUUGCGCCGCUCUCGGCCAGAGGCGAGUUCUACGCGAUCUGUCAGAGCGGUAGCCUCGACACCGGCAGCGACGCGGUACUUUAUAGAGUUCACCAACUCGCCAGGAGGGAUCUUCCCCUGAGGGUACGUCUGGUUGCUGGACCUCUACCCAUACCGCUGCCUCGAGAUUACAGCGGUCUGAUGCAGUUGGAGAACGCGAAUAGAGGGCCCAUAGUUCUCGGCUGCGCGGUGCCGUUGAUGCCCGAAAGACCCUUACCCAAUUCCACGGUACCGGAGCUCUUGGAACUUGUUGCUACCGGCCCAACCGCGCCACGAGUGAAAAGAGCACGAUUAGGAUGCCCUUCCGAGGCGAGAUUGCUCGCAUCUCCGAAAAUGCAGCGAUUACUCUCAGCCUGCAGAAGAGCCUUAGAUCAACGGGCGACCGAACCGCGAGUCGCUCCGCCGAAACCGGCGUCCAACAACAGUCAGCUGAAAGAGCUGCACUUGAAGGAGAUUAAAGCGAAGCCUGACGCGAAGCCGAUAUUGCAAAGUUUAAAGGAAGGUUUGGAGCAUAUCAAGAAGACGACGAUCCGCGACCGAAGCAACAGCCGCAGUGUCAGCAGUAACAAUAGCUUCCUCGACAGGAUCUCGAGGAUAGCUCAGGGUGGCAGAAGCAGGAAUCCGGCCAAGAAGUCAGCGUCCUUCACGUUCGCCGUACGGCCGGAGAUCGGUAUGCGAUCGCCCGAGAGAUACGCCAGUCUCGAAUCGGAAACGAAUCUGAUGCAGGCAGCGCAGGCGUCGUCCAGGCAACAGGUGCAACGUUCGAUCUCGACCAGUGUCCUCGAAGUGACUAGCAGCACGGAGAUGGACCCGCCGUAUUCCAAGGUUAGAGAUAGCUUGACGCCGUUGCCUCCCACGCCGCCGCCAAAACCGGAAGAGAUCUACGCCGAAAUCUGCGAGCUGGGCAGCGGCAGUGGUCCGUUGCGAAAUUCAUCGCAGGAGGAGGAGAAACUACCUCUCCCGGGAAGAAACGGCACCAGAGAGCGAGAUCGGGGUUACGUGAAACUUGCGCUGUCUCAUUCCGAGGUGUCCGACAUCUCGACGAGCACUGGCGAUGAUGAAGAAGGCAUUUACAAUACUGUGUGUUGAGUGCGCGUCUUUUUUCGUUUUUUCCGUCGGGGAUAGACUCAAUAUCUGAAUUGUUUAUAGUAAUUGACCUCAUGGUCAAUCGGAACAAAUGACGUGACGUGUAAAAAAUCGAGAGGUCGCGAAAAUUCUUGAGCAUAGCUGCGAAUAUCGACCAACUAUAAUCGCGAAUGAUAUUGGUUUAUUUUGUAAAAAUUAUUUGGAGAUCUCUAAUAUUAGAACGGUCGAGUUAGAAAAUUUUUGUAAAUAUUUCUUUAGUGGCAAAGAAUAUAAAAUUCAAGUAUCUUAGAUUGAAAAUUUAUUUUACAAGAUUGAAAACUAUUCUCUUCAGUAUUCUCACUGAUUCUCGAGCGUUCUACUAUUAAGGAGGCGAAACGGAAAUAUACGGCACUUUUUCCGGGUUGAAGAGAAAACACCAGGAGUCGGAAGCGAUAUAUCGAUCGCGUCUGAGAAAGAUGAGGAUCGAGAUUAACCGUCGCCGAGGAAAUUGCUCCGCUAGCAGUUUCUUUCGUCGCGGGAGGAUCCGAGUGUCGAGGAGUCGCCGAUACGAGCGUCUUACAUAGGAUACCGCGCGGAAUGAUUUACAAGGCUGUUGGAACCGAGGAAAAUGAUGCCGUAAUUACGGGCCCCGGUACACGCUGCUGCAGCGGAUGUAGCGGGGCACGCCAGCCGGGCCCAGCACGCAGCAACGCUUCUUCGUGGCUUCCGUCAUUAAAGAAUCUGUCGUCUCGCGAGAGGCAUGUUAAUAGUAGCGGGCUCCGCGAUUACCUCGACCACAGCCGCUAGGUGACAUUAAUAUCGGAAAAUCGCGCUCAAAAAAUAACCCGUUCAUCAUUGAAAAUUGUCAAUUAUUUGAUCCUAAAGCAAACGCAUAUUUGUUUUGUCAGGUCAAUCGAAAUUUGAGAGUCAAUCAAAUUCAGAUUUUUCAUUACUGAAAAUUCCAUUAGGCACAAAGCUCCUCUCCCUCUUAUUUAAAAUUUAGAUUAACACUUCAAAGUCACAGUUUUGUGUCACGGAUUUAAUUUAAUGUUAUCGAUAAUGAUUUUUGUGAUCGUUUUACACGGUCUUAAAUUCAGUCUCGACAAUGUAAGAACACGAUGCGACGAGUGGAAUAUUCUAGAAUGGAUGAUAACGCGUUAUGUUAUAUCACGUACGAGGGGAACGUGAAACGGAUCGUUGAACGUCGAUCUAAACUUCCCGAACACGUUCGAAGCCAGUGUGUAUCACGGAACACGCAACCAACGCGGCACGAAGAAGUCGAUGGUAGAAUGUAAACGAGCCAGUCGGCAGCUUUUAGGAAGAGGAAAUUACUGGCGUCCUUCGAAGGUCUAGGUCAUCAUCGGGAUCGUUGCUUCGGAACGAGGUAGUCGACGGCAACGGCCUGAUCGUCGAGUCGAAUCGUGCCGAGCUUGCUCGUUUGAUCGAGUCGAUAUUUUGUGACGAUUAAUUCAUUAGCUUGUCACGCUUCACGGCAUUUGGCUUCCUUUUCGAUGUACGAUGACCCCGAAGUUUCGCGCGCUCUCGCGCCCGAUUGCGUGACGUUGCGCGAUUGGCUGUUAAACGCGUGAUUACAAACCUCGCCAGUGCAUAGCAGACAUUGCGUUCGAAACGCUUCGAGGAAACCGGCAGAUCUCCUGUACCUUUCUCUUUUGCUCCCUACUUUUUUCUCUUUUUAUCUCUCUCUAUCUCUUUCUCUCGCAUGACGAAGCGCUUGGAGCUGCCAGUACGAGCGAGGAUGAUGAAGAAAGGGCGUAAAAAUCGAGGGAACGAUGGGCUCCUAAUGGGAAAUACCCGCGGGAGAAGGCGAAGAAACCGGGACUCGCUUGCUGAAGCUUCUCCGAGGAUCCUAACGGGUGUAAUCUUGUCUAAUUCGACGUCUUCGGCGCCCCUUCUUCCCAUUCCCUUCCUCCAAAUCGCGUGCGCGCGAUAAUGAUGUAAUAUUUGUAGGUUUUGUGUAUAUUCAAAUGAAGUCGUUAGUGGAAAUAAAGACAGAGCGUUUCUACAACAAAAUACAACGUCGUAAAACAUAUUCCUUGUUAACGUUAGAGUAAAAUCAUCUUGAAUUUGCAGCAAAAAUUUACAGGUAAGUGAUUGUUUAAGAUA